CAAUUUUUCAUCCCAUUUAUAUCUCUGCCUUAAUCCACUACUCCUCUCCUGCUUUAGACCACGUACAACACCUCUCCUCUACAUCCUCACCGUCUCUUUCCCUUCUACCAUAUGAAUCAGAUCCAACGAGCUCUCCUCCUCUGCGCAUCAACUCAUCGACUUCACCGCAUCGUCCACACGCCAUCGUCAAAUUCAUCCCAAGCCAUCGCCGUUGUUGGCUCCGCGACAGGGCCACCGCGUGUCAGUUAAUGACAGAUAUAUGGCGUCGGAGUUGUGGCGGUAAUGAUGGUGUUGAAAUUGACACUGGUAGCAAUUUUGAUAAGGCAGUGAUGGUGACCAAAGUGGCAGCCGCGACUAUGACGAUGGGGUGGCGGCAAGUCGGCAACAUCGGAGAAUAGUGACGGUGGUGGCAGAUGGCGAUGCCGGUGGGCCCAGGCUGCGCAUGCGAGGGGUGGUUUUCCAUUUGCGAAAUACCUCCUAAAGCAUUAAAUGAAAUAUUAGAACAGGGGUGUUUUUGUCCAUUAAAGUUAUUUUUAGUCCUAUACUCUGAUAGCAUAAAAAAGAGCUAAAGUACAUACAAUCAUGCUUGUUGUACCCACCACUUUGUACUCACCUGUGAAGCCAAUUCACAGACAAAAUAUGUCUUUGAGUUAUUAUAAUUUAUGACAUAAACUCCACCACUUGAAUAAACCUUAGGAUGACG